CACACAUGGGAGUAACACUCCCGGAAGCUAUCGCGAGAGCCUACCCACUACAUUUCCCAGAACCCUCUGAGCAGCAGGGGGCGUGGUAGUGCACGGAGGGUUGGGCCUCUAGACGGCACAUUUCCGGGAUUCGCCGCAGGGACUGACGGGAGUUGUAGUCCCGCCUUCUUGGGGCGAGAGCGGACUUCCGGGUCACGCUACCCAAUCGCUCCGUGCCGAGCAAGAGCACUUGGGGGGCCCGCCGGGAGUCGUAGUCCAGCACCCGCGGGCCGCCGGGAGGUGUAGUCCGUCCCGCUUGCCCAGUCACAGCGGCGCAGCCAGCCCCGCGCUCGGAGCCCGGAGCCGCCGGCCAGGGGGAUGCGGGAGCCCCUGGUUCGGGGGAGCAGAGAGGCAGGCGGGGUGAGGGUCGUUGCCAGGCAACGGGCAAGCGUGGCGGUUGGGGAGCCGAGGACGGCAUGUCCCAGGCCCCAGGAGCACAGCCGAGCCCGCCCUCCGUGUACCACGAACGGCAGCGCCUGGAGCUGUGUGCCGUCCACGCCCUCAACAACGUCCUGCAGCAGCAGCUCUUCACCCAGGAGGCUGCCGACGAGAUCUGCAAGAGGUUGGCCCCAGACUCCCGGCUGAACCCCCAUCGCAGCCUCCUGGGCACUGGCAACUAUGACGUCAACGUGAUCAUGGCCGCCCUGCAGGGGCUGGGCCUGGCCGCCGUGUGGUGGGACAGAAGGAGGUCCCUGUCCCAGCUGGCCCUCCCCCAGGUGCUGGGGCUGAUCCUGAACCUGCCCUCGCCCGUGUCGCUGGGGCUGCUGUCCCUGCCGCUGCGCCGGCGGCACUGGGUGGCCCUGCGCCAGGUGGACGGCGUCUACUACAACCUGGACUCCAAGCUGCGGGCGCCCGAGGCCCUGGGGGACGAGGACGGCGUCAGGACCUUCCUGGCAGCCGCAUUGGCUCAGGGCCUGUGUGAGGUGCUGCUGGUGGUGACCAAGGAGGUGGAGGAGAAGGGGGGCUGGCUGCGGACAGACUGACCCCGCGGAGGAGGGAACCACAGCUGCCCGCCCGACCGGCGCACUCCCUGUGCCUCCACGUCCGCCUCCCGAGCGAGCGCGCGCCGGGGAAGGGCCAGCCGCACCUCAUGGACCCCUCCGCGGCCCGACCCCCCUCCCUGCACCCCUGCUCCCCAACCACUGCUGCCUCAGUAAACAUGCUGAUCUGCGCCCGGCCGGCCCGCGUCUGCUGGGCCCCUUCCUCCAGUGACUCCCGUUCAUCAGAGAGGCCGGUCCCCUGUGAGCCCAUGCCCCUCUCUCGGCCACCUCAUGCCAGUCUCUCACCUCUCCGGGCCUCCGUUUCCUCAUCGGGGACACAGCAGAAAACAGCACAAUCCCUGCCCUCGCGGGGCAGCGGGCUGGGGACCAGGAGCCAAUGACUCAGUGCCGUCUAGAGUGCUGUGCCGGGUGUGUGCCAAGGAGCCAGCAGGUGCUGAUUUCUUGACUCAAAGCUCUACUCAGCGAUUGCAGUAAUGGCCCCAAAGAUGUCCACGUCCUCAUCCGUGGAACCGGCGAGUAUGUCCCACCACGUGGCAAAGAGGAAUGAAGGUUGCAAAAACACUGACCUUAAAAGAGGGACAUUAUCCUGCCUUCUCCCCAUGGCCCAGUGAAGUCACAAGGGUUCUUAAAAGUGGAGAGGGAGGGGCCAGCCCUGGCGGCCUAGUGGUUAAGUGCAGCGUGCUCUGCUUUAGCAGCCUGGGCCCAGUUCCCAGGCACAGACCUACACCACUCUGUUAGCGGCCAU